AUGCUAAAGCUUAAAGAAGAAUUGAGAGGUGCCAAGGAAAUGAAAGAUGAGGUGGGGGAGAGAGACCGAGAAGUGAGCGGCCUGAACAGCAAGCUCUUGAGCCUGCAAGUUGACAUCAAACAUCUGCAUGAUGUCUGCAAGAGACAGGGGAAGACCUUGCAGGAGAACCAACUCUGUGUGGAGGAGGCAAUGAUGAGUAGCAACCGCAAUAAGAAGCAAGUGCUAGCAUUCAAGGAGCCGCGGAUGGAGUUUGAGCCCAGUAAGCAGUGCCAUCUGAGGCAACUCCAACAACUCAAGAAAAAAUUGCUUGCUCUCCAGCAAGAACUGGAGUUUCGCACAGAAGAGCUGCAGACUUCUUACUGUUCCCUCCUACAGUAUCAGUCCGUCCUAGAAAAGCAGACUUCUGACCUGGUUCUUCUCCACCAUCACUGCAAACUAAAAGAAGAUGAGGUGAUUCUCUAUGAGGAGGAAAUGGGAAAUCAUAAUGAGAACACAGGGGAGAAGCUCCAUUUGGCACAGGAGCAACUUGCUUUGGCCGAGGACAAGAUCAUCUCCCUAGAAAGGAGCCUAAACCUCUACAGGGAUAAAUACCAGACUUCCCUAAGCAACAUUGAGUUACUGGAGUGCCAAGUGAAGAUGUUGGAGGGGGAGCUCAGCGGGAUCGUCAGUCAGGACCCUGAGAAUAAGGGUGACCAUUCAAAGGUGCGUAUAUAUACUUCUUCCUGCAUGAUUCAAGAGCAUCAGGAGACCCUGAAACGACUGUCUGAAGUCUGGCAAAAGGUCUCUGAACAGGAUGAUCUAAUCCAGGAACUUCGAAAUAAACUAGCCUGCAGUAAUGCUUUGGUUCUGGAGCGUGAAGAGGCUUUGAUAAAAUUACAAGCAGAUUUUGCUUCCUAUACAGCCACACACAGACAUCCUCCUAGCUCCUCAGAAGAUUGUGAAGACAUUAAAAAGAUACUGAAGCACUUGCAGGAGCAGAAAGACAGCCAGUGCCUGCACGUGGAGGAGUACCAGAACCUGGUGAAGGACCUGCGCAUGGAGCUAGAGGCCGUGUCCGAACAGAAGAAGAACAUCAUGAAGGACAUGAUGAAGCUGGAGCUGGACCUGCACGGGCUGCGGGAGGAGACAUCCGCCCACAUGGAGAGGAAGGAUAAGGAGGUCAUCAUCCUGCAACGGCGGCUGCAAGAGCUACAGAUCCAGUUCACUGAGACCCAGAAGCUGGGUUUGAAGAAAGACAAGAUCCUCCAAGAGAAAGAUGAGAUGUUGCACGAGCUUGAGAAGGAAUUGGCCCAGGUUCAGAACAGCCUCAUGAAAAAGGAGAUGGAGUUGGAGAAGCAGCAACGAAUGACAACAGAACUUGAAAUCACCAUCCAGGAGGUGAAGCAAGAUAAGUCCAAGGCAGAGUGUGGAGCCCUGCAGGCUGAGAUCCAGAAGCUGAAGGACUGUCUUGAAGAUGCUCAACAGCAACAGAAGCUGAUUGCUCAGCAAGCAGCCCAGUAUAAAGAAGAGGCCCUUCUGGCAAAGAGUAACCUAGAGGAUUCCCAGAGGAAACUGCAAAGCUACCUAUUCAUGGAGAAGCAGAAGACGGAGACCAUCCAGGAGCUGCAGAGAGAACUUCAGAAGCUGCAGAAGGAUUCCUUGAUGGCCGGAGAGGAACUCGCACCCAACAGGAAACGGAUAGAGGAGCUGACGUCAGAACUCUCUGAGGCCCGGAGGAAGCUUGAACAUUCAGAGAAGGAAAAGAGGCAGUUUCAGAAGACAACAGCUGAGCAGGACGCGAAGCUGACUGACCUGCUAGAUCGUCUAAAACUCCUUCAACACCAGCAUAGGGAGCAAGCCUCCGCCAAAAGCAAUCUAGAAGAGGAGCUUCAGGAGGUAACAAGAUUACUGGAGGAGAAACGGGAGCGGUUGAAAAAGAGCAAAGAACAGGAGAAGUUGCUGGAGCACGAGCUGGAGACAUUCCGACAAGAGGAAAAAAGGAAAGAAAAGAUGACAAAGGAAAAUCUGAGAAUAUUGGAGGAGGAAAAUGAGAAUGUCAAAGCACAGUUAAUGCAAUAUUCCACGCAACUGGAUUCCUCUCUCAGCAAACAAAACGCCUCCCAGCAAAUGAUCCAAGAGCUAAAUAAUGAGCUAGUCCUUCAGAAGGAGGCCUUAGAGAGUCUGCAGGUCCAGCUGGACAAGACUGUGCAGAAAGAGAAGCAAUAUCUCCAGACCAUGGUCAGUAAAGAAGCCUAUGAGGAAUUAUCCAGAAAGUCACUCGCCUGCCAAGAUGACCUGACACAAGCUCUGGAGAAGCUCAAUCAUGCGACCUCCGAGACCAAGAGCCUGCACCGAAGCUUGGCACAAGCCCAAGAGAGGAAAGUUCAGCUGGAAGAUGAAAUCAUUGCUUAUGAGGAAAGGAUGAAAAAGCUCAACGUGGAAUUAAGAAAACUGCAGGGGUUCCAUGAGCAGAGCGAGCUAGAGGUGCAUGCCUUCGACAAGAAGCUGGAGGAGAUGAGCAACCAGGUGCUGCAGUGGCAGAAGCAGCACCAGAGCGACCUCAAGAUGCUGGCAGCUAAAGAGGAGCAACUUAGGGCCUUCCAGGAGGAAAUGGCCGCCCUGAAGGAGAACCUCCUGGCAGACGAGAAAAAGCCCUGUUGUGUGCCCCAGAGGUCUGCACCUAAAGAUACUACCUGUAGGCUGCACCAAGAGAAUGAUCAGAUUAUGUCCAACAUGGAGCAAUGGGCAAAAGAGCAGAAGAUUGCCAACGAGAAACUAGGAAACAGGCUCCGUGAACAGGUCAAAUAUAUUGCCAAGCUAACUGGAGAAAAAGACCACCUCCACAAUGUAAUGGUCCAUCUGCAGCAAGAAAACAAGAAACUGAAGACUGAGAUAGAGGAGAAGAAGGUGAAAACCGGGCACCCAAAGCUAUACACCAAAGCCCUAUGCCCGAGCAAAACGGAGCCCAUACCAAAGGGAAAAGUGUGUGCCACCUUGGGCUGGAGGGGGAUGUCCCAGGACAUGAACCAAAGAAUGGACAUCACCAAGUUUGUCGGGAUACCCCACUGUUCAGAAUCCUUUGCAACAGAUUCUCUUGGAUCCACCUGGAGUAUAAUUUUCUCCACUGAGCUGAAGAAACCCAGAGCAAACAUCAGCCCCCUCAGGCUGUCUUACUAA